UGAAAUUGUGAAACAAACAAAAUGCACGGGUUAUUAAAAAAAUGUUCUUAAAAGAAAGUAGAUACCAUUUCCAAUUUUCAACAUUAAAAGUGUCAAUAUUUGUUUGGACAUUCCAUUCCCGUCAAGAUGAUAACAGGAAUAUUUUUCCCGCUCAUGAACGGCCGAACGGAAUAACCACUAAAGCACAACUUCAUGAUGCCCUUCCAUUUAGCACUUUCUGCAUUCUUGUUUUCGAUUCCGUGUUUACGAGGAAUCAGUUUGUUAUUAUCGAUAAGGCCUAAAAUAAGCUGCCACUAUGUGAUCUAAAAAGCUGCUCUUUAAGCCGGCCCUCUCACCAUCAACAGUCAGCUCGUUUAAUCUCUUGCAACAUUAAAUUUGGUAUAUAUUCGAGUGAGUUGCUGAGAAAUAGAAGUACAUUUGAGUCAAGAUUUGGGAAACAUGGCUCCGAAUAGUGCUGAAAUGGAAUUCUAUCCAUUGAAGUUUAGAUUGCUGUGUAUAGCUCUUCUAGUGAUCAUGUGUUGCUUUCUGGAGGGAGGCUGUGCUUUGGGAGUUGGGAUUCUCAAGAAGAAUCGACUGCACGGUGGCUUUCUGAAGAAGUUAAGGAGAUCUCGAAUAACUAAUUCUUACGUUGCAAGUCUAAGUAAAGCUUCGUACGAGGAAUACAACUAUACCCAAGUUCUGGACCAUUUUGGGUACACGCCAGAGAGCUAUCAAACCUUUCCCCAACGAUAUUUCAUGGACAAGUCCAAUUGGGGCGGCGCUCAAAGUAAUUCUCCCAUAUUUGUAUUUUUGGGUGCGGAAGGAGACAUUGCAUAUGACGUCGGGUACGUCACGAUAGACCAGAUGACUGACUUCAAGGCUCUUGUGGUCUACAUAGAGCACCGUUAUUACGGGACGUCAAUGCCAUUCGGGGGAAUGGAGGCUGCAUAUGCGAAUGCAAGCACAAGAGGUUAUUUCACAUCCACGCAGGUCUUAGCCGAUUAUGCGACCUUCAUUGUUUAUUUGAAGAAAACUUUGAAGGCGGAGAAUUGUCCAGUCGUUGUUUUUGGUGCAUCCUAUGGUGGAAUGCUAGCUGCAUGGUUUCGGCUCAAGUAUCCGCACAUAACAAUCGGCGCCCUUGCAGCAUCUGCACCUAUCCUUUCCCUCUACGACGUCGCUCCCACUUAUGGAUAUGACAGCGUUGUCACCAAGGAUUUCAGAAAUGUAAGUGAUAUCUGCUACAAAAGAAUUAACGAAUCGUGGGCUAUGAUGGACGAAAUCGCGUCUAGCCCUCAAGGCUUGCUGACCCUAAGCAAACUAUUUAAUACCUGCGAGAAUAUUACGGAUAAGGAAUCCCUUUACGAUGAUCUUGAAUCAAUGUACGAUGGCGCAGCACAGUACGAUUUCGAAGAAGUUAAAAGAAUCUGCAAUGCCAUCAAUAGCCUACCCGGAGACGCAAACACUGUUAGCAGAAUAGCUGCUGCAGCAAACUACUCAUACGAAGGCCAAUGCUUGGAUUUGGGUCCAUUUAAUUAUACUGACGAUGGAUGGGAUUGGCAGACUUGCACUGAAAUGGUGCUUCCGUUCAGCGAUCCUCCUGGCAUGACAAUGUUUCCGCCCUCCAGCUUUGAUAUCAAGUCAUAUUCCAGGGAAUGCUACCUGAAAUACGGUGUACUGCCACGCCAACACUGGGCUACAAUUGAAUUCGGAGGACACGACAUAAAGAGAGUGUUGAAAGAUUUUGGAAGCAAUAUCAUUUUCUCCAAUGGGUUAAGAGAUCCAUGGAGCAGUGGAGGUGUGUUAGCGAAUAUUUCUGAAAGCAUUGUAGCUAUUACCACCGAAGAAGGAACGCAUUGUCAAGAUAUUGUUCUGAGUACCGGUGACGAUCCCGCCUGGUUGAAAGAGCAAAAACAAAAAGAGAUAAUGAUUGUGCAGAAAUGGAUAAACGAUUAUAAAAAUUAAUUGCAACUGUUUGUCCCUUUCAACACCAUCUUCUAAAUGGAAUAAUCCGUUUUCAAAUGAUUAUCCGAAGUCUAUCAUAUGAACGAAGAGUUGAAUACAACUCAUUCAAAACUAAUAUCCUUCGAAUUGUGUUAUAUUUCGAUACAGUUUGGUCUUGUAUCAAAAACUUUAGUACAUAG